AUGCAACAUCAAUAUUAUCAAGUGAUGGUAUGUAUGAAUGAUAUCCACAUGGAAGGGAUAAGACACGCGGAGCGGGCACCGGACAUGCAGAGGUUUGAAAUUGUGGAUGGUCUGAUUGCCCAUAUUAGAAAUGAACUAGGAAAUCGAGAAGAGGAAAACGACUUGGCGGCAGAGGAAAGAAGAAGACGUCGUAUGGAUCGGUAUAUUCAAGAAUUGAAUGCAGUUCAGCAUCAUAUUCAUCAACAGCGCCAAGAAGAGCAAGCAGAAGCAGAACAGGAAGUAGAAAGGAACAAUCGAAGAGAUCGGGCACAAAUUCAAGUGAUGCUAGCCCACGAAAGAAUCUUUAAUGAAUCAUACGAGGAAGAAAUGAGGUUUUUUAUAAAGCAUCUGGAGCCAGUACGAACUUCUUUGAGACGUCGACCACAAGCCAGGCAAGUUGUAUUGGAAGAGAAUCUGGAUUUUGCUAAACUCAGAAUUCGAUGUGCUGGAGCAUAUGCGAGAUUUUGUGGGGAAAAACUCGUCGGUCGUCAUGCUCAAAUUCACGAGCCGUUCGGUCAGUAUUAUGAAGAGAUGACGAGGACGAUAACACAGAAGGAGCAUUGCGUGUUGCAAAUGAGUGCGGAUCAGACGGAUGAGGAGUUAUUGGUUCUGGUGGAGCGUCAAAUUAAUGCCACUAAAAACGAGUUGAAUGCUCGAAGACGUGAGAGAAACCUGCCAGCGGAUGAGCAGAGAAGACGCCGGAUUGAAAGAUAUAGACUUGGUUGGAAUCGAGAGGAAAAUUGGGUCCUGGUGGUUGACGAUGAAGAGCCAGUUCAGCAGGAAGAUCACCAGGAAGAUCAGCAGGAAGAAGCCGUCGAGGAGCAAGAACCACCCCCGAAUCGACGGCGACCGCAUCCAGACAUCGAUGAAAUGGAACAACAUUUCUUCCAAAAUCUUCGCCAUUUCGAAAGAAGAAUAGAGAGAACAUUUCCUGUUGUUGAAGCCCCAGAUGCAGAUUAUCUUCUGGACCAAGCUUUGCAAGAACAGCGACAUGAGUUGGCACGGAUACUAGGGAAUGAUGUUGGUGGAAUAGCACUUCCAGCUGGUGAGCAAGAUGCGGAUGCGGUGAGGAAUAUUUUGAUGGAAGAUGGUGAGGAAGAGGAUGAUGAUGAUGAAGAGGAGGAGGAUCAGGCCGAUGAUGAUGAUGACGAUGAGGUGGCGGAGAUGGUCCAUUUUCAAGGAACCGCGCGAAGAAUUCCGGAAAGCAACCAACUUUAUCUACCGCCGAACAAGACUAAUGUAUGGAUCUACUGGGAUGCAUACGACGUCAUGGAAUGGUCCCGUCAGUUCCUUCCCGAAGUCGUCGACUACCUCGUACCCCUAGAUAUGGACGGUCGAGAUCUCUACAUUUUUGUCAACGAUCCAAACGAAUGUGUUCUUCGUUUGAUUCCAUUUGCGUUUUGGAUUCCAUACCGAUCGUUCUCCUUUUUCAAUUUUCUCAGAGGCCCUUUUUCUAGAAUCAUGAACAACGGCGUUCAGCUCGCUCAACAAAUCAUCCAACGUCAACGGGAACAACAAGGAGAAGCUCCAGCACGUCAAGGAGAAGCUCCAGAACGUCCACCAUCGAAAGAAAUCCUUCGUUGGCGGCGGCUGAACCACCGAAGGGUACCAACCAAGGAACUGUGGCAGGCGACCAUUGGGAAUGUGGAGAUGUAUUUUGAGAAGCGGGGCAGAAACAUCACACCAGUCACCUACGACAAGUUUUUGCCUGAAUCAGAGUUUAUGCUAAUUCCACCAACGUUGACCACCAACUUCGCAUUAUGGACGCCAAUCGACGUGAUGCGGUGGGCAGCAUUGUUUCUGCACGACGAACCAUUGUACAACGAAUUCGCAGUUCAUCGUCUCAACGGUCUUGAGGUCUUUCGCUUGGUUCGAUGUGAAGGAGGGCCAAGAGAGAUCCACUACAGAAAGUUCACAACAGAUGGAAAUGAAACUGUACGAAUAGUGGCGAGGCCAUUGCCUGAAGGAGCCGUCCCAAUCCAUCGAAACACUCUAGAAGCGCUCACUAGAAAUCUCAACACGAUCUGCAAUAUUCUACACGGACAUCGACCUGGAUGA